CAAAUCUGUGGAUCCUGACAAAAUGAGCUACUGUAAGGGCAGCUACUGUGGAGGCCUGGGCUAUGGCUAUGGCUCUGGUUAUGGCUGUGGACGUGGCAGCUUCCAUGGCCUAGGCUGUGGAUUUGGCGGCUAUGGCUAUGGAGGCCUGGGUUGUGGUGGAUAUGGCUAUGGAGGCCUAGGCUAUGGUGGCUGUGGCUAUGGCUGCUGGCGCCCAUCUUGCUGUGGAAGGUAUUAUUCCUCCGGAUUCUACUAAAAAACCACCUGCUCCGCCAGUGUCACAGAAUCCUUGUCUGACCCUGCUUGAGAUAAUUUCAUGGCCUAGUAAGGACAUCACAUUCCAUCUACCUCUAAGGCUGGGUGAUACAGAAGAGAGCCUUGGAAUUUAUAUGAAGAACUCAUAGAGAGUGGCAGGCAUAGAGAAGCAGCAAGA